AACAAUAUGGCUGCACUCAAUAUGAAAACCAGGAACUAACUAACUUUUUCUGCUCCUCUUCCAUGAACGAUGGAGCACACUACAAGUGAACCCCCUCAAAAAACCUUUACUUGCCAGUUGUGUGGUUUAAGUAGCCCUUUUACUUACUACGGCCAGAAACCACCAAACACCAGAGCCAUUGUGUUGCUUGAGGAGUGUUUUGUGACCAGGGACCCCUUCAGUCCGGACAAGGAAAAGUUUCUUGUUUUGGGCUCUAACUGCAGCCUCUGCAGCAUGUGUGUCUGUGUUGGAUCGGACUGCAGUAUUUUCUACACCAAGAGGUUCUGCAUACAGUGUGUGAACAAGCACUUGGACCAGUUCCCCCAUCAGAUUCAGGCCGAGCUGGCCAAGAAGAAGCAGAGCUUCAAGGCUGCCGUCUCAUGACACCAGACAAGAGGUCCAUAACCUGCUCACCAAUAGAAGACAAAUGUCUGAAUGGUUAUAUAACCAGUCCCAAAUGUGUCAGGGUGCUUUACCAGCACUCUUUUAUCAAACCCAUACUGGACCAAACUGCAAAAACACCACACAUCCUGUAAUUUAUUAGCAUAGCUCUGGGUUAUUAUUAUAUUGGUGGGAAAUGAACACCACACAUCAGAAAAAUACUAGUUUAUUCUUGUGCCCGUAAAGUUGACCUGCUGUAUUAGCCUAGAGGGUGUUAUUUGUUUCUAGAGAGUUUUAUAGAAGCAAGCAACGGGUGUGACUAGUGUUGCUGGAUCCCCUGUCGGAUUGUGGUUGCAGGCUUAGAAUCAGACCUGCUGGUUUGCAGCAAUAAAAAAUGGCUCCCACUACUGAUUCUGAAUCUGAUGCCAUGAACUGUAUGUUCAUAGUUGCCCUGCAGUUGCUCUAAAUUUUCUGUUUACAAAUAUAUAUAUAUAUAUAUUAGAGGCACAUUAACAUUUCCAAAAAAUGUGGGGAUAAAGGAUAAAAGUGUCAGACUUGGAGCACAUUUUCUGUCAUUAUGGCCCUUUGCUAUAUUAAUUAAUAAAGAGACCAUGGCUCAUUGCUUGUCCAGCCCAAUUCUACAACUAUUCUAUGCAACACGAUUAUUAUAACUAUGUAUGACUCAAAAGAAGAUGUGGAAAUAAUAGCAUUUCACAUUUUUAUUACUUUUGAGCAACACAUGGUAACAGUAACAUUUAUAUGACUAAUUCUCUAACUACAGACACAUGUUUGUGUUGACAGUGGCACCACCUUUUUAAGAGUGCCUCACUGUUAUCUCUUUCAUUUCUGCGUCCAUGGUCAGAGGGUUUGCUGCUGACUUCUGUCGAGUCCAUUUUUUCCCCCUGUGUUAUCUUAAACUAUAAAAAGAUACAUACUGUGACCUUU